AUGGCUCAGGCUCGCCGUUCCAUCUAUCACAACCCCAAUGCAAAGCAGUUCAGGCUUGACCGCGAGGUGGCGGGCGCAGAGAAGCAAUUCCACCAAUCUCUUCCGUCAUACGAACCAAGCCCACUCGUCUCUCUCGACAGGCUUGCAAAGGAGCUCGGAGUGUCCAAGGUCUUCAUCAAGGAUGAGAGCAGCCGUCUAGGUCUCCCAUCGUUCAAAAUCCUGGGUGCUUCAUGGGCCACCUACCAGGCUGUGUCGUCACAUCUAAAGCUGUCCAGCCCCUCUCUAGAUGAGCUCUCCCGCGCCGCCGCCAGUGCUCGUAUCAAACUGCUGGCUGCAACCGAUGGCAACCAUGGACGGGCCGUUAGCCGAAUGGCAAAGAUCCUGGGAAUAUCCUCUGAGAUCUUCGUUGGCAAGAAUCUAGACCAACAUACUCGAGACCUGAUAGCCGGUGAAGGGGCGACGGUCACCGGUGUCGAGGGAGACUAUGACGAUGCGAUCUCUGUUUCUGCGAAAAAGGCAGACGAAUACCCUAAUUUCAUUUUGGUUCAGGAUACUGCUUUUGAGGGCUACGAGAAGAUCCCUGCUUGGAUUGUCGAUGGCUACUCUACGAUGUUGACUGAGAUUGACGACCAACUGCAGGACCAAGGGUUGAAAACUACGGUUAUAGUCUCGCCUGCUGGCGUGGGAUCCCUCUGCCAGGCUGUGGUGUCUCACUGCAAGUCUAAUGGAAAGGAAAUGUCAGUUCUUACUGUCGAGCCGGAUGUUGCUGCUUGUCUGCACAAGAGUUUGAAGGCCGGAAAGAUGACGCAGGUCAAGGUAUCGAAGACGAUAAUGAGCGGAAUGGAAUGCGGAACUGUCUCGUCUAUUGCAUGGCCGAUAUUGCAGUCCGGAGUCGAUGCCAGCGUAACUAUCUCUGACUACGAGGCUCAUCAGGGAGUUCAGUAUCUAAGCUCAAAGGGGGUUAAUGUUGGACCUUGCGGUGCUGCUGGUCUAUCUGGUCUACGACAUGUUGCAAAGACAAACCCAUCCUGUAUCGGUCUGACCUCCGAUUCUGUUGUUGUUAUUCUCGGGACAGAAGGAAGUCGUCCGUAUACUACGCCCAAGGACGUUUCUUCAGAUGAUUGCGUUCAAUUAACCCAGACUUUGACUCAGAUCAACUCGUCUAACCCAUCCGAGACGAACCCCAGUGGUGUUGGAGAAGGUGAGAUAGCGGACUAUAUCACUGCCUGGCUAGAGCAUCGAGAUCUGGAAGCUCAUCGGCUAGAGGGUACUCCUGGCAGGCCCUCGGUGAUAGGUGUCCUUCGAGGCACUGGUGGGGGUAAAUCCUUGAUGAUGAAUGGCCAUAUAGACACAGUUACGCUGGACAGCUACUCAUCUGGGCUUGACCCCCUUUCAGGAGAGCUAGCAGUUUCCUCUGCCGGACGCAAGAGGGUGGUAGGACGUGGAACGCUGGACAUGAAGGCUGGUAUUGCAGCUUCAAUGGCUGCCCUGGCAAUGGCUAAAACAUCUUCCCCUCCACCUCGAGGAGACGUCAUAUUAGCAGCCGUUGCGGACGAAGAGUACUCGUCGAUUGGCACCAAGGAGAUACUUAAAGCAGGCUGGCGCGCCGAUGGAGCUAUCGUGGUCGAACCAACGCUAGAAACGAUCGCCCAUGCACACAAGGGGAUGACGUGGCUGGAAAUAGAGAUAUUGGGCGUUGCUGCCCAUGGAUCCAGGCCUGACGACGGGGUAGAUGCAAUUUUGCUCUCGGGAUACUUCCUGACAGCCCUGAAAGAAUACGAAUCCAGCUUGCCGGAGGAUAGUGAUUUGGGCAGAGCGUCUCUACACGCCAGUUUGAUCAAGGGCGGGAUUGAACCGAACAGUUACCCUGCCUCUUGCAAGUUGACAAUUGAAUUCAGGACGAUCCCUGUUCAAACUAAAGAGGGCAUAUUGGCUGAUGUCAAUGACAUACUGGCGAAAAUCAAGAAGCGAGUCGUUGGGUUCAAGUACCGGCCUCCGCAGGUCGUUGCACACAAGUCUCCAUUUGAGAUUGCGAAGGAUCACCCCUUUACCCGGUGUGUAUAUAAUGCUACUGGCAAGGUAUAUGGAAAUCCCUGUGUGUUCCAGGCCCUGGAUCCCUGGACAGAUGCAGCUCUGCUUCAUGAUGCGGGAAUUCCGUCGAUUGUAUUCGGCCAGUCUGGCGCUGGCUUGCAUUCAGAGUAUGAGUGGGUUGAUGUUGAGAGCAUCCAGAGGACUGAGGGGGUGAUAUCUGCACUUAUCCAGGAUUUCUGCGGUUAA